AUGUCAAGACACGGCCAACGUCCUACACCGCCAACAAGCUAUUGGGGAGGAAAACCGUUAAAAAGAACAUCGUCUGACUUGUUUCUCGAUCGACCAAGGCAUAUGAACACAAUAUUUUCGGGCCCGAAUGCCUUAUGGCAUCAUCGAUAUCCAAUUCCCAAUCACAUUGGUGAUAUUGGUGAAGGAAAUGCUUCACUUUUACGAUCAUUAGACGUUGGCUAUUUGACACGUGGUUACACCAUGGGACCACCAUUACGGCGACAAGCAAUUCCUGGUGAGAUUGGAUGGACAGCCACGUAUUUCCGAGAACAAAUGAAACCCGCACGACCUAUUUCACCAUUAUAUGUAUAG